CUCGAGUAAAGAGGUGCAGCUGUACAGUCGCGUUCUCAGUGUUUUACUGGAUAGUUUAUAUUUUAGAAAUGUUUCAUUUAUGCAUGAGAGACGACCACGAGGACGUGACGGUGGUCACCUAUACAAUCACAGAUGAUUUUGAAGGCUACGACACAGACACAGAGGACGCCAAUGCAAAGAGUAACCAACAUAUUCAACGCACAGUUACAGGACUCAAUCGUGCAAGGAAUAAGUGUUACAAACUGACUGCAGUGUGUGUGCUGCUGCUGUGUGUUCUGCUGCUGACUGGCGUCACAGUGCUGUGGUUCAAAUUCAACAUCCUGAAUACAGAAAACAACCAGCUACGGACCAGAUACAACCACCUGACUAUAGAGGGAGACCAGUUACAGAAUCUAAACAAUGAAUUUCAUAAGAAAUUGACUAAUUUGGGAUGGAUACUCUUUACCUCCAAGUUUUACUACAUCUCCACUCAGAGGAAGAACUGGACUGAGAGCAGACAGGACUGCAGAGAGAGAGGAGCAGACCUGGUGAUCAUAAACAGCAAAGAGGAGCAGGAGUUUGUGGAUAAUUUGAGCAAGAGCAAGAAUUAUGGAGUUUAUAUUGGUCUGACUGACCUUGAUAAUGAAGGAGUGUGGAAAUGGGUGGAUGGAACAUCAAUGACCACUGCGUACUGGUCAUCUAGAAAUUUUUUUUCAGAAGGGACUGACUGUGUUAUGAAUAGGUAUAAUAGAUGGUUUGACAGACCAUGCACAGAAACUUACUACUGGAUCUGUGAAUAACUCAUCUCCACUAACAACAUAAGACCGUCAUUACAAUUACACACAUACACAUAAAGCAACUGUAACCAUACUAUUGCAUUAAUGUUUGUUUUUCAUGAGUAAAAACUAUAUACUGUAGCCCCUUGCUAAAAAAAACUGAGUCAGAUUCAGAAUCAUCGGGACCUACUGUAUGGUAUAGAAUAGGGAAGACUAGAAACAGGAGAGAAAUCUAAUAUUUAAUUGUAAAUCGACUCUAAUAUACGCUAAUAUACAAGUCACAAUUAUUGGCACCUGUAGAAAUUCUUAUGAACGAAAUGCAACUGAUGCAUAUUUGCAUUUAUAUUUACAUUUUUAAGUUCACCUGAGUAUUUACUCUUAAGUGGUCGUCCAUUUCUGUUUCACCGAGAUAUAAAUAAGAGGCCAAAAUCCCUUAAUCAACAUCAACAUGAGGAAGAAAUGAGGAUUAGAGAAACGAAAUUAAACAAAAGUGUAUAGACCUUCAUAAAUCAGCUAUAAAAAUAUUAGCUAUUGUUAGCUAUAAAAAUAAAUACGUCUGAAAAUACCCAAUACUUCUGCAUCUGACUAUUAAAAAAAAGUACAGCUUUGCUUUCUAGAAUGAUUUUUGCUUUCAAAUAAUGUCAAAAUGAAUGAUUUUGUAUUUCAGAUGUGUAUGUUCCAUUUGAUUGUGUACUGUUUGAAUGCAAUGUUUUAAAUACAAACUGGUAGGUAGACAUUUGGGAAGUUCACGCCAAAGAGCGCAAUUGUUUACGUUGUGGUCCAUAUCUCAUGAAAAGUCAGUCGUACAAACAAAAUUAAUUUUUCCUCUGAUACUUUGGGUUCUCCCAAACAAAAAAGCCUCAACAGCCAUUUAGCUCCACCCACUUAAUUUUUUUUUUUUUUUGCUAAUUUCCAUAUUAUGC